CCCUCCCCGCGCACCGUCGCGAAACCAAAUCAAGAAAAUGGCGUCCGUCGACUCGCAGCCGCGGUUCGGACAGUCCGUCAAGGGCUUGUUGUCCGACAAGGUGGGCUCCUGCAGCGGGGACGUGAUCGCACUGACCCGCCAGGUGCUGAAAGGAUCUCGCAGUCAGGAGCUUCUUGGUCAAGCAGCAAGAAACAUGGUGAUUCAGGAGGACACUAUCCUUCACUCUGAGGACAGUCUGAGGAAAAUGUCCAUCAUCACCACACACUUACAGUACCAGCAGGAGGCCAUCCAGAAGAAUGUGGAGCACUCUAAAAACCUGCAGGACCAGCUGAGACACCUGCUGAAGUGACUCACGGCGACACACGGGAGGGUUCCCGUCUUCAACCGACACCGUCUGAGCAGGACUGAAAACAUCGGCGGGCUUCGAUACCGGAUUCGUACCUCGUGACCCCCCGAGCUGACAGGCUCAGCUGCGUGUGGCAUCGAGGAGCCGUCAAACAUUUGUUAUUGAGUUAUGUGAAAUGUUUUGUUUUUUUAAUCUGUUGUAUUAAAUUAUUGUAUGAAACACCA